AUGGCUUGGACCAGUUUGUGCUCUUCAGGAAAUGACACAAAACCAGGACAAAUAUUCUAUGUACCUGUUGAAGUAAAAUUAGAUCCGCCAUCAUCUAACGAUAAUAAUGUUAGUGUUCGUAUAUUUAUUACUGAAUGUGAAUUGGUUGAUGUAUGGCUACGUGGUUAUGAGGCUGGCUGUUGGUCCAGUAGUGAAUUUUCACGAACAAAAGAAACUUUGAUCCGGCCAAUUAACACCAUUCAAAAACGAUUAUAA